AUGAACACGGUCUACAUUCUACUUGCUGCGGUAACACUUUGUAUGUCCCUGUUUUCGAACAAAAUAUUUUCGUUUUUUCCCACUUCAACUCAACCUGUGAAAACUGCAAUGACAAAACGUCAUACUUCCUUCGAUUUAGUCCAGAAGGACUACAAAACCCCAGUAUUUUUUUUAAGCCAUGGUGGCCCCACUUUCAUGUAUCCUAAAGCAGACUUUGGUGGAGAUACUGGGGCUUUCAACAAAACUAAAUCCAUCGGAAAGUACAUUAGGAAUAUUUUGAAUCCUGACUUUCUCAUUGUCGUCUCGGCCCAUUGGCAGUCCAACUUGAAGGAUACCGUAGAGAUUGCAGUGCCCAACCUUCUUCAGAUGGACAACAAACUUGAUGCAUCGGAAAAUGAGCUGAUACAUGACUUCUACGGGUUCCCCAGUCACAUGUACAAAGAACAAUUCCAUUCCCUGUCCUGUAUGGAUUUGGCUAACACAAUCAAACAGACACUCACAGAAAACGGCAUAAAAGCCAAACUGACCCAAAGAGGCAUUGAUCACGGUGUGUGGGUACCAUUCAAACCCGCUUUCACAGAGCCAAAUGUAGCCGAUUCUGGGAAUCUCGAUGUUCCCUUUCCGUUGGUUCAGGUUUCAUUGGCAGGAUCUGACGACUUUGAUAUACAGUUUAAAUUGGGCCAAGUUUUGGGAAAUUUUAGAGAUAAGAACGGUGUGAUUGUCUGUUCCGGAAUGUCCGUCCAUAACUUGGGUGAUAUUGGGGCCUCCAUGCAAUAUCCCAAACAGGUGGUUCCCUACGCCUUUGGCUUCAAUGAAGUUUUGAGAAACCUGUUCAAGAAGCCAAGCGAACUCCAAAGUUUCAAAACCAUCUUGACCAACGAAGAAUCAAGGAAACUGUACCUCAAGUCUCACCCUUCCGCAGAACAUUUCCUUCCACUGGUUGUGGCCGGCGGAGCUGGAGAGAAGGAGGAGGUGGAAGAGCUGUACAACAAUGAGACAUUUUCCCUGGGAUGGGGUAUUUACAGAUUUGGAGAUGAACCAAAGCUAUAA